CACUUUGGAUCCAUAUUUCUGGGAAUAUAAAAUAUCUCUUUGUAGUGUACUCUGCUUAUAAUAUGGCUGAUAAUUCAAAGCCUUCUUCAGAUGUAUUAUCCCUUGCGAAUGGAUCGCUAGUUAAAUAUCAUGGAUUUUGGUGAUACGAAAGUUUCUUGCAAGGAAUUGAAGCAAUGAGGACAGAGUUUGAAGGCCACCCAGACGACAUAAUAUUGGCUUCGUCUCUCAAGACAGGCACAACCUGGAUUAAAGCACUUGUUUACGCCAUUCUCAGCAGUAAACAGUACGACCUCAACGACCCUGCUUAUCCUCUCAAUCAAGUAAGCCCUCAUGAACUUGUUCCCAACUUAGAAAUACAGCUGUAUGGCCCCUUCUCCAAUUUAAACCCAGAGUCUGUAUCUCUGUUUCCCCGUGUAUUUCACACACAUGUUCCAUAUCAAGCAUUGCCCGACUCUAUUAAAUCCUCAGGCUGUAAAAUCAUUUAUCUGCCCCGCAAUCCCAAGGACACUUUUGUUUCAAUGUGGGAAAUGAUCAUCAAUAAAUUAAACAACAAGAAUGCUUAUGCGUCAAAGGAGGAAGCCCUAAAGAGCUUUUGCGAGGGAGUAUACCACAGCGGCCCCUUUUCUGAUCAUGUAGCCUCUUAUUGGCGUGAGAGAAGCAAGCCUAAUAUUUUGUGCCCUACUUACGAAGACCUUAUUGCCGAUCCCGUGGUUUGUAUUAAAGUAUUGAGUGAUUUUAUGGGGUGUUGGUGGGUUAAGCAGGACGAUUUAAGCAACAUUUCUAACAAGUGCAGUUUCGAAUCUCUGUCUCAAAUCGAGGCAAAUAAAACGGGAGAGCUUAAUCUGCGUGGGCUUAGUCUGAGAAAUGAUAGCUUCUUCAGAGAAGGAAAAGUUGGGAGUUGGAAGAAUGCGCUGACAGCAGACAUGAACGCAGAGAUGGAUAAAAUGAUUGAACUGAAACUUUCUGUUGUUGGGGACUUCCCGCAAUUUAAAUAUUAGUUAGAAGAUGGCGAUGCUGAAUUAGAUGACGAAUUCAACCAGACGGAAGAGCUGAAACAGUUGGGAACUUGUUCUCUAUUUGGGGUUUUAUAUGGUGGUUGAAUAAUAGUCCGGCAGGUUAAUAAGUUUUAUCAUCUGCUAUCAGUUAGCAGCAGUUUUUAGUAGUUCUGUUGGUUUAUUAUAAAUUAACGGGCACUCAUAUCUGGCACCGUGGCAAGUGGUUUCUGAAUUUUGGAUUUUUAAAAUAGCGUGUUAUAUAUUGGAACUGGUAAGCUGUGGUUCUGAGAACAGGAGCUUCCAGUUUCAAAUUGUAUUUACAGCUUACGUUGAGUUCCAAUAGUUUUCCCCUGUACUCAAAUACUACUUAACGGGUAUGUUGAGUUCAAAUAAUGUUAUAUUUGGAUUGCCCAAUGAAUAAAAUAAUAUGAUGA